UUUGUGCAAUUCAAUUUCUCCUAAAUAAGGAGAUGAACAGUACUGAUCCUUUCAUGAGAAGGAUGGCCAGUCAAAUGAUGGUGAAGUUUGAUAAGUAUUGGUCGGAGCAUUCUGUGAUCUUGGCAAUUGCGGUUAUAUUUGAUCCUCGUUUUAAGUUUCAGUUGGUGGAAUAUUCUUAUGGAAAGCUUUAUGGUGAGUCAUCUAGUGAGGUAUUCACACAGUGUACACGAAUCCGGGAAAAGCUUUUUGGUCUCUUUAACGAGUACCAAUCUAGAGCCUCUUACAAACCGGAAGUUGUUCAAGGAAACAUUGUUCAAGAAAUCCAGGGCGAAUUCAUUGAGGAUUUUGAUGCAUUUGAGAGCCAUUUAUUUGUUUCUAGUGCACAAAAAAAUCAGCUAGAAUUGUAUUUGGAUGAGCCUAGGCUUCCAAGAAAUGAAAAUAUUGAUGUACUUGAAUAUUGGAGAGCCCACAAUUAUAGGUAUCCGGAACUUGCAUCGAUGGCUCACGAUGUGUUGAGUAUUCCUAUUUCUACGGUUGCUUCCGAAUCUGCAUUUAGUGUUGGUGGUCGAGUUCUUGACAAAUAUCGGAGUUCUUUAAAGCCUAAAAUUGUCGAGGCUUUGAUAUGCUCUAGGGGUUGGUUGUUUGGAGGGGAAGAAAUCGACAACGUGAAGUUGGAUGAUGUCAUUGAAGACAUAAUGAACUUGAAUCUAGACAACGAUCUGUCCGAAUCAGUGGGAUGUUCUAGUUCCGUGAUCAAUGUUGAACCUUGAUUAAAACAUUGCAGGGAUAUGGUAGGGCUCUGUGGUUGAUGCAAGGACAAAUGGGGAGUGUGGUUUUGUGAAGAAGCCUAAUCUGAAAAUGGAACCAAAUAAUGAUGGUUCCAGUGAGAACUUGUUUUGUAUUUGAAUGUUUAACUGUUUAAGUCAAACUUAUUUAGUAUUGGAACUUAUCUUUGUAAGACU